AUGCAGGCGCAAGCGCUUGAUAAUAUGGAUAUUGAGCGCGAGCGAGGUAUCACCAUCAAGAGCCAUGCUAUCCAGAUGAAAUUUCCGCAUCGCAGUGGGGAGGUAUUUACCAUGAAUCUCAUAGAUACGCCCGGGCACGUGGAUUUUUCGUAUGAAGUGAGCCGUUCGAUAGCCGCUUGUGAAGGCGCGCUCCUGCUCGUGGAUGCUACACAAGGCAUUCAGGCUCAGACGAUUAGCAAUCUUUACUUGGCGGUCGACCACGAUUUGGAGAUUAUCCCUAUCAUCAAUAAGGUGGAUAUGGAUAGCGCCGAUGUGGAUGCUGUGGCUGACCAAAUCAUAGAGCUUUUGGGCUGUAAAAGAGAGGAUAUUAUCCUUGCCAGUGGAAAAACAGGCAUCGGUAUCGAUGAAAUAUUUGAGGCAGUGGUGACCCGCAUACCUCCACCGAAGGGCGACCCUGAUGCGCCUCUGCAAGCUAUGAUUUUUGACUCGAUGUUCAACUCCUAUCGUGGUGUUAUUGCCUAUUUGCGCAUCAUGAAUGGGACUUUGCGCAAGGGCGAUACGGUACUUUUUAUGAAUACAGAGAAAUUUGUGGGCGUAGAAGAGGUGGGUAUCUUGCGUAUGGCCAAUGUGGAAACAGAGUCGCUCGCCGCCGGUAAUGUGGGUUAUGUGAUUACGGGCAUUAAGGUGAGCAAGGAGAUAAAAGUGGGCGAUACGCUCACGCAUCUUUCGCGCCCUUGUUCGGAGGGUGUGCGUGGAUUUGAGGACGUGAAACCGAUGGUUUUUGCGGGUAUUUAUCCUUUGGAUAACGAUGAUUUUGCUGAUUUGCGCGAUAGUUUGGAAAAAUUACAGCUCAAUGAUGCGUCUUUGAUUUUCGAGCCUGAAACUUCGGUGGCACUUGGCUUUGGUUUCCGUUGUGGCUUCUUGGGUAUGUUGCAUUUGGAGAUUGUGCAGGAACGUUUGACGCGCGAAUUUGACCAAGAUGUGAUUACGACAGUACCCAACGUACCUUAUUUUGCUACCGAUACGAAAGGUGUGCGCUUUCAGGUGCACCAACCGAAUGAAUUGCCUGAAUCGAAUCACUUGGAAAAAGUGGAAGAGCCUUAUAUAUAUGCGCAGGUAAUCACCAAGCCGGAUUAUAUAGGCACUAUUCUCAAUCUUUGUUUGGAUCGACGUGGUAAUUUGCAGAAGCAAAAUUACUUGUCUCCAAACCGGGUAGAGCUUACUUUUCACAUGCCAUUGGCGGAGAUCGUUUUCGAUUUCUAUGACCGCUUGAAGUCAAUAUCACGUGGUUAUGCUUCGUUUGACUACCAUUUGUUGGAUUAUCGCCCUACCGAUUUGGUGCGCCUCGAUAUCAAGCUCAAUGGCGAACCGGUAGAUGCGCUGAGCGCUUUGGUACACCGCAGCAAAGCGGAAUAUGUGGGCCGCAGGAUGUGCGAAAAAUUGAAAGGACUGUUGCCCAAGCAGCAGUUUGUGAUAGCGAUACAAGCCGCCAUUGGUGGCAAAAUCAUUGCACGCGAGACGAUCAGCGCUAUGCGUAAGGAUGUAACCGCCAAGUGUUAUGGUGGUGAUAUUUCGCGUAAGCGCAAGCUACUCGAAAAGCAGAAGGAAGGUAAGAAGAAAAUGAAGCAAUUUGGCAAUGUAGAGGUGCCUCAGGAGGCGUUUUUGAAGGUUUUGAAGUUGAAUGAGGAUUAG